CGGGGCGCCUGUGGGGAGGGGCGGGGCCGGGAGCGCGUCUCUUCCCCCGAGGGGAGCCCGGAGGAUGCGCCGGCCCCCCCCCAGCCCCGCCCAGCCUGUCAGGGGAGGCUCCCCCCCGCCCUCCCCGCAUUGUGCGGGUCCCCUCGCCAUGGGGGGGCUCCGGGGUUGGCCGGCUCCCGCGUGGGACAUGGCGGGGGGGGGGGGGAAGGCCGGAGGAGGGGUCUGCGCGGGAGGCGGGCGCGGCGGUGGCAGGGGGCUGCGGAGGGGGCCGUGCCGGGGGGCGGUGCCUUGGCCGGCCCGGGGGGACGGUGCAUGGAGGAGGGGUUGAUGUCGGUGCCGGGCUCUGUGUGUGUGUGCGUGUGCCCGGGCGCGGCGGCGGCAGCGCUGGGUCAUGUUUGUGUUUGAGGUUGUCAAGUGAAGGAGGUUCCCGGCUCCCCCUCUCCCGCCCGCUUCCCCCCCGUCCCCCCGUCCUUCCCUGCUGCUGCUGCUGCCGCCGCCGCGCAGGGGUCGCCGCGCUCCCCGCCGCCGCCGCCAUCAGCCGUCGCUACCGCCGCGCCGGCCCCUCCGCCAGCAUACGGAUUAACUGACCCCUUUGACAAGUUUAUGGAGCUGCCAUCUCUCUGCUUGCUGUGCUUUGCAUUUCUGAGAGAAGAAAGUGGUGUAUGAGAUUAGAGGAAAAUGCCUCGGACAAAGCAGAUACAUCCCAGAAAUCUGAGAGACAAAAUUGAAGAAGCACAAAAACAACUUAAUGGAACAGAAGACCAACAGAGAGAAAUCACAGAUGCUGGUACUAGAGGCACCCAAGAUGCAAUUAAAGGUGUGAAAAGAAAAAAGAUUGUGACUGAAAACCAUCUAAAAAAAAUACCAAAAUCGCCUUUGAGGAGCCCUGCUGAAGCCAAGGUUAAGCAAAGUGUAGACCCUUCACCACUAAAAGCUCUUCCAGAUGCCUCUGAACACACCGCAGCACAGGAUCACCCACCCGUGCAAAAUGGAAAUCAGUGUACCAAACAAAGCGGGGGAGCUCUUAGCAGUGACAUAAGUGUUGAAACAACCAAAUCUGAGACAUCAGUGCAGACAAAACUCUCGUUGGCACAUCAGUCCUUAGAUUUGGGUAAGCAGGCAGUAGAGAAUACUGAUGCAAACCAACUGAACUCACCGGAAAAGAAGUCUCUCUCAAACUCCUCAUCAAGUAAAACAAAGACUGACAGUAAUGAAUGUAUUAACUUUGUUGAUUGCAGUACAUCAUCCCCAUGUACUCGUACUGCAUUCGAUGUCUUAUUGAAAGCUAUGGAGCCUGAACUGAACACCUUAGCACAAGAGUGCCCCCCUUAUGGGAUGCAGAUAGAGAAACUGAGACCAAAUAAAACUGUAAGCACCUCUUCUAAUCUCACGUCCAAUAUAAUAAGCGUCCAAAAUCAGUCUUCUUUGUCACAGCAUGAGUUUGCAGCUGGACCUCACUAUUACCCGUCUACGUUAAACAAUGUGCAUGUAGCAGCAACAGCAAAGACUGGACAAGCACAAAGCCAGUCAGUUUCUCAUUCACAAGACCUGAUUACUAAGACCAGUCAACAAAAUCACCAGGUUGUUAUGUGUCCAAGUUUCACUAGAUCGCUGGUGCAACAGCAGAAUCAAGAAAACCCCAAGCUCCAGCAGAUAUACAGCAUAGCAGUAACUUCAUCUGUUGUCCACACCUCAUCUUCCACUGUAACUCAGGUUUUUUCUCAAAACCAGCUAGUAGCUACUUCAUCUACACCUUUGUCAAUUAGCACAUCAAGUUCAACACACUUGCCUAUAGGUCCCGUGUAUAAUUCAUCCCAGAUAGCGUCAGUUGUAAACCAUGGUGUAGAACAAAUAUGUAACCUCUUGAAAGACCAGAAGCCUAAAAAGCUAGGGAAAUAUGUGUGUGAGUAUUGCAAUCGGGCCUGUGCCAAGCCCAGUGUUCUCCAAAAGCACAUCCGAUCCCAUACUGGAGAGCGACCGUAUCCUUGUGUGACAUGUGGGUUUUCAUUUAAAACCAAAAGCAAUCUGUACAAGCACAAAAAAUCUCAUGCACAUGCUAUCAAACUUGGACUUGUGCUACAACCAGAUUCAGCUGGCCUCUUCUUAUCUCAUGACUCGGAAAAAGCACUUAGCAUCCACUCAGAUGUGGAAGAAAGUGGUGAAAGUGAGGAUGAAGGCACUGCUGAUGAAAGACAAGAUGAUCAAGAAUUGGAACCUGCACAAAUAGUGAAAGUCAUUUCGAGUGCAGAACCACUGAGGAAAGGAAGCCCUAUUCCGUUAAGCAAUCCAGACUGUAUACCAGGUGACUCUUCAUUACAUGAUACAGAACCUCAAGUAAGGGCAGCAUUACCAAAAGUAGUAGUUCAUCCUGUGAAUGUUUCUCCGUUAAGGGCUGAUAGUCCAAAAGUAACAGAACCAGCACCCGAACUUUCUGCAGCACAGAGAAAAGGAGAUUUUAAAGUGACAGCUGUUCAGUCAAACUUAACACAUACAGCCUCAUUGAAGGAGAAUGACGUAAAGCAACAGCAGAAAGCAGAAAUGGGCCUACUAGAGGAACAGGUGGGAUCUGCAGUAGGAAUGGUGCAUGCUCAGCUCCAGAGACAGCAGGCAACCGAUGGUUCCCAAGAUCAGCAAGGAAAAUGCCUUUUGAGCCCUAGAAGUUUAGGUAGUACUGAUUCUGGUUAUUUCUCUCGUUCUGAAAGUGCUGAUCAAACAAUGAGCCCACCAGCUCCUUUUGUGAGAGGAUUGUUGACCUCUGAGAAAGAUCCAAACAAAAAUGUGCCCUGUGUGCCACGAGCAAGUGGUGUGGUAGCAUCAGUGGUACAAACGGUUUGUGCUGAAAAGAAUCUGAUUCUCUCUGGCCAAAUGCGACCUCCCAUGGCAACAAAAACUCUUGAGGAACGUAUCUCAAAGUUGAUUUCUGAUAAUGAAGCUGUUGUGGAUGACAAACAGCUAGAUAGCGUGAAACCAAGAAGAACAUCUCUUUCGAGAAGAGGAAGCAUAGAUUCACCAAAAUCCUACAUAUUUAAGGAUUCUUUCCAGUUUGAUUUAAAACCCAUGGGAAGAAGAACUAGCUCAAGCUCUGAUAUACCAAAGUCUCCUUUCACACCCACUGAGAAAUCAAAGCAAGUUUUUCUUCUUUCUGUACCAUCCCUUGACUGUUUACCUAUAACACGAAGUAAUUCCAUGCCUACUACCAGUUACUCAGCAGUACCUCCACAUGUAAUACCUCCCUCUCAUCCCCUUCGAGGUAGUCAGUCAUUUGAUGAUAAAAUUGGCUCUUUAUAUGAUGAUGUUUUUGUAUCGGGACCUGCUACUCCACUGAACCAAGGUGGACAUCCUCGGACCCUUGUUAGACAGGCAGCAAUAGAAGAUUCUUCAACUGGUGAAAGCCAAGUUCUCGGACCAGUGCGAUCUGUAGAAGACAGUUAUCUGGGAUGUAAUGAAUCAUUAUUGCAAAGGAGCAAGUCCCUUGCGCAGGGAUCAAAUUUGGAAAAAACAAAGAAGUCCCCUCAGGUGCGAGGAACAAUGUUUGAGUGUGAAACCUGCAGAAACAGGUACAGAAAACUGGAAAACUUUGAAAACCACAAGAAAUUUUAUUGCUCGGAGUUGCAUGGACCUAAAACUAAAGCAGCAGUCCGAGAACCUGAGCAUAAAACUGUUCCAAACAGCACACAGCCUCAAAUUCUACACUACAGAGUCACUACUUCAACUGGUGUCUGGGAGCAGACACCCCAGAUAAGGAAAAGAAGGAAAAUGAAAAGUGUUGGUGAUGAUGAUGACCCACAGCAAAAUGAUACGAGUAUACUAUCAAAGAAUACAGAAGGCCAAGGCAAGCCAGCAAAUUCUUUUAAUCUGUCAAAACACAGUGCAACAACAGUGGUAGGGUCCCAACAGCGAAGCAGCCUUCUACUUCAGAGUUCCCAAAUUCAGCUUGUGGGUCGAGGCACAGAUCAGACAACCAAGCCAAAGAUGUCUCCACACACUGAAAAGCAGGUGAGUUCGGCUGUGCAAGAAAAGGUGGAGUUGAAAAGACAAGGUACUGGCAUCUCAGUAAUACAGCACACCAAUUCACUGAGCAGAAAUAGCUCAUUUGAGAAAUCAGAGUCGUUUGAAAGAGUGUCACCAGUUUCUUCUCAAGACCCCAACAAUGUUGCAAAGCACCGUUCUUUGAGUACAAUUGUAAUCCAAGAAGAUAGACACCCUCCUCUGAAUACUCCCCAGCAUCAUCAACCCCUAUCAUCAGAAGCACCUAGAGGGGAAGUUCAAGGGAGCCAAAUAGUUUCUAGUGAGAGAAGUGCACCGCUUCAGCCCUCAAGACUUGUUCGCCAGCAUAACAUCCAGGUUCCUGAAAUACUGGUCACAGAAGAACCGGACAGGGACCAAGAUAACCAAUGCAGCGAUCCAGAAAAGACAGAAAGGUUUAAUUGGCCACAGCGCAGUGAAACGCUAUCAAAAUUGCCAACAGAAAAGCUGCCACCAAAGAAGAAAAGAAUUCGCUUGGCUGAAAUGGAGCAUUCAUCUGCCGAAUCAAGCAUUGACUCCACACUUUCCAGAAGUUUAAGUCGGGAAAGUAGCUUGUCUCAUGCCUCCAGUUUCUCAGCUUCACUUGACAAAGAUGAAACUUUGAAGUCAGAGAACCUUUCCCAAGCAGAGCUUGUUAGCAAGUCGUCAGAAUUCCUCAUGAUUCCUGCUGGCUCACAUGCACUGGUUGUGCCUGGACCUCCUUACCGGGAAAUGAGACGUGCUGCCUCAGAGCAGAUCAGCUGUACACAGCCAUCGAUGGAGGUUGUAGACCACAGGAGUAAGUCUUUUGACUGUGGAAGCAUGUCUUCAUCAAAACCUGCCUCGCUCGUAGAGAUAGCCACUCCGAAACCAUCAUCUGCAAAUGGAGUUACUGGACAUGUGCCUCUGCUAGAAAGGAGGAGGGGGCCAUUUGUAAGGCAGAUAUCUUUAAAUAUUUCUCCAGAAAAUCAUCAGAUACAAGGUAAAUCAACUUCAUUUCAGACAGCUCAUGCUACGGAUAUACCCACAGUGCCAUUGCACAGGCUGCAGACCUCUGGGAAAUCUUCUGUGGAGUUUCCUUCAAGUACUCAGCAUUCACAGACUCACUCCAGGCUUCCCUCAGCAAUUCAGAAUUGUAAUCCUGUGAGCCUGUCUUCAGUUCAGCAGCCUGUAGAUCAUGUGCUGAACAAGCAAGGACAACCAUCCUCAACACAUCAGCCUUCCCAGCCCUCAACUAAAACAUCAGCCCAAGAGGAACAGAUGAGCACAUACAUGCUUUCUUGUCACCCCAAUGAAAAAAAAGAUUGUUUUGCUCCGAAGUAUCAGCUACAAGUUAAAACAUUGCAUAUAGGUCAGCCAUACUCUUCUAAAUUGCUAAAAAAUACUUUAUCGACUCAGACUGUUCCAAGUCAAGUUGGGGUGGACCAGAAUGUAUCCUCCUUUGAAUUGCAGACUAAACUGCCUGACAUGUCUACUCCAUAUUCUGUGCCUCCUCUAAAGCAAAUUGUCCCAAAUAACUGCAGCAGUCAAAUGCAUCAGAUUCCUCCUUUUGUGGUUCCCGUCCGUAUUCAUAGCAGUAUGCCAUCCUAUGGCUUUGCAACUGUCACCCCCCUUCCUCACAUUUUAGUGACCCAGGAUCAGGUAAAUCAAUCUGUUUGCAAAACAAAUGUUGUGACAGUGCCAAUGCUUGAAGGCAAAGCUCAGCUGCCAAAAUCUCACAAAGAUAAUCAGAAGACAUUGCCAAAUUCAUUUGAAUUUGAAAAUUCACAAGCAGGAAGUGGAACCAGAAAUUCAUCUUUGUCAAGCUCUUUGAAUAUUAUUCAGAAAGUGCCAGUUAGCGGACUCUUCCCUCAACCAGAAGCUACAGCUUCAAGUAAACGAAUGCUUUCCCCAGCCAACAGUUUAGAUAUUGCCAUGGAAAACCAUCAAAAACGUGUGAAAGAUGAAAGUGGAGCUGCCUGCAUGACAGAAGCUAGACCAUUGCAGUCGCUGAACAUUAGAUCUAGUGACCCUACUGGUAAGCAAAAGAAACCAGUUUUGGUAAGACAGGUAUGCACCACAGAGCCUCUUGAAAAUCAUCUCUUGGAUGCUGAUGGUGUUGCACAGCAUGAAAAAAGCAGCAAAGCUAGUCCUUCUGACCUACUGUUGCCUGACCAUGACUCAUCUGACACUGGUGUUUCAGAAACUCUGAAGGAGUCACCAGAAUCUGAAGACGUUAGGUGUUCAGCAUCGCCUGUGUUUGUAGUUAGAAAACCAUCUGAAUUGUCUCCAGUGAGUAAUCAGAGUUCUCUUCUCAAGGCUGUAAGUAGCAGUCAAGAAAGAAAGUCCCCAAGUAACAGUAAUGAGAGCAAGCACAUCAAUAGCCAUGGCCAAGCAAAGCCUGUAACUAUGCUGGCUGUGAUGAAUGCAGGAGAACUGCAGAGGUUGUCGUUUCCAAGCCUCAAGACCACAACGAGUUUUACCUGGUGCUAUCUCUUGAAGAGAAAACCAUUGCAUCUGCUGCAAAAUGAUCAGAAAAUCUCAGCCUACUCUACAUGGGCCAUUAGUCCCAGCAACCCCAAUCCACUUGGUUUGUCAACAAAGGUAGCUCUUUCCCUCCUCAAUUCAAAACAAAAAGUUGAAAAACCGCUGUACACUCAAGCAAGAACCACUCAUCCCAGAGCUGAUGUAUUGGUCUACUCCAGCAAGUGGAAGAACAGCUUAACCAAGGUACAUAAGCGAGCAUUAAAUAGAAAAAAAUUGACUGCCACUGAAUUCAGUAAUAAGGAAAACUCUGAAUCAAGCACUGAGCAUGACAAAGAAAACUCCUUUAUCAAAACUGAACCAAGAAGAGUUAAAAUAUUUGAUGGAGGGUACAAGUCAAAUGAAGACUAUGUGUAUGUUCGGGGGAGAGGGAGAGGGAAAUAUAUCUGUGAAGAAUGUGGAAUACGUUGCAAGAAACCUAGCAUGCUGAAGAAGCAUAUUCGCACGCAUACGGAUGUCCGUCCUUACCACUGCAAUUACUGCAACUUCUCCUUCAAAACUAAAGGAAAUUUAACCAAACAUAUGAAGUCAAAGGCACAUAGCAAGAAAUGCAUGGAUUUGGGAGUCUCGGUAGCCUUAGUAGAUGACCAGGAUGGAGAAGAAGAAUUCGGUGAGAAGCAACGAUUUGGCUGUGACCGGUCAGGAUAUGAUGUGGAGGAGUCUGAUGGUGCUGAUGAAGAUGAAAAUGACAAUGAAGAUGAUGAUGAAGAUAGUCAGGCUGAGUCAGUCCUAUCCACAACCCCCUCAGUGACAGCCAGCCCCCAGCAUCACCCCUCUCGACACGGCCUGCAGGAUGCUGGCAGCACAGAUGAAGACAUCAGACUUCCAGACUGUUUUGCUGGGGUUCACACAGACUCUAUGGAUGGUCUGCCAAAAGCAUUGCUCACAAAGAUGACGGUCCUUAGCACGGCACAGUCGGUUAGCAGGACCUCCAGGUCACCAGCAGAAUUCACCCAUCAGGAAGCACAUGAGGAUAAAGCCCAGGAGAGAGGAGUGGCACCCUGCAGUGCUAGUGCAGCACUGGCAGACAUUGCUCCUACAUCUCCAGGUCACCAGAUGUCUGUGGAUUACCCAGAUCCAGAAGCAGCCAUGGGCCACUCCUUAAUAUCAACUGCAGCUCUUACAAAGAGCACACCCUCCAUCAGCUCUCCCUCCUCGCCAGUGGACCACGGCAUGCAAACAGCACCGUUGCCCUACGCUGAAAUCCCAGAGGAGAAGUUGGCCAGGUGCCUGCAGCCUGCUGCCGAGCAGAGGGCUCCCCAGACUCACCUCUUCAGCCACCUCCCCCUGCACUCGCAGCAGCAAGCCAAGGCUCCCUGUGGCACGGUACCAGUCGGGGGGAUUCAGGUGGUCCCUGCUGGCCUGGCCACCUACUCCACCUUUGUUCCUAUCCAGGCAGGGCCGGUUCAGCUCACUAUCCCUGCUGUUAGUGUGAUUCACAGAACUACCAGUGCCCUCGGUGAGACGGGUGGCGUGGCCGUCAGUGCCACUGCAAAUCCCAUGGGAGUUGCCGAGGUGAACAGCGUGGUGCCAUGUAUUCCCAUCGGCCAGGUGAGCCUGCCAGGCAUCCAAGGUCUUGGCACGCCUAGUCUGCAGCCUCUGCCCCCGCUGGGCAUGGAGACAGUGAACAUCUUGGGCCUGGCUAACACAAACAUCGCCCCGCAAAUGCGCCCUUCGGGAAUCACCCUGAAUGCCGUGGGCCUCCAGGUUUUGACCGCUGGUGCUGCCCCACAGGGCAACCCCAGCCCACAGGCCCACAUUCCUGGCUUGCAGAUACUGAACAUCGCCCUGCCGACCCUCAUCCCCUCCGUCAGCCCUGUAGGUGCUGAGGGACAGGGAGCCUGCGAGGUGCCUGCCACAGGCAGCAAAGCCUGUGAGGCCCAGCUGGAGCCUCCUGUCAGCUUCCCUGCGUCUGAGGUCGGCCAGGCCGGCAGGGAUGCUUCUCCUCAGGCAGCAGCUGGUGGCCAGCGGUACAGUGGGAAGAGCCAUCCCGAGCCCACCCCGCUGACCAACAGCAAGCGACCCGAUGGUGCAGGGAAAGCAGAUCCUGAAAAGACUGACCUCACAAAUCCUGCCAAGCCAAAGCACGACGUCCCGUCCCUGCAGCUGAAGAGGGCUGCCCAGGCAGAGCCCCACUCCAAGGCGAAUCCCGACACGUUAACCAAGUCCCCGGUCCACCGAACUGUGUCCCCGGACAGACAGGUACACAGGCCAGCUGCCUUGCCCCGGCAGCAAAACACGGUGCAGUUUAGCGAUGGCAGCAGUGACGAUGAGGAUAGACUUGUGAUAGCAACCUAGUUUUUGUUUUUCAUUGUGUUUUUAUUUUUGGUUUUUUUUUUAAAUAACACAGGUUUCUUUGCAAACCUUCCUUUCCUUAAAGCACAUUUUUCUGACACAAACUCAUUACUAAUCUUCGUGCAAUCAUGAACUCUUGACCAAUAAUUGUUGUUUCUUGUCAGCUCCAGCCAUUUUUGUACAUGUUGUAUAGACGAUUGUGCCUUUUUGGAGUUUUAUGUUUAGAAACCUGUACAGAUUGUUGAAUAUAUAUAUAUAUAAUAUAUAUAUAUAAAAUAUGUAUAUUAAAACCAGGUAGUUGCUUGUGUUCAGUAAGUAAACAUCCUAUGUCAGAUAAAUAAAGGAUUAAAUUAUAUGUUGCACUGUUAAAUGUAAAUUUUUAUGGCUGUGGGACAAAGUUUCUGUGUACAGAUCUAGUAUGUAAAACUCCGUAUUUAUUGUAUCCAUAUUAGUCUUGGAAAAGGGUCUAUCCAUCUUUCCUGUGUAAGACAGUAGCUUUACACUUAAAACAGAAAUACAGUAUCUGUGUUAUGAAAUAUUACAGUAAAAUUUUGUUUACUGACUUUA